CUUUUUCUUCUUUUCCUCCUUCUCCUUUUCCUCCUUUUCCACCUCCUUUUCCUCUUUCUCCCUUUUCCUCCUUUUCUGGCAGCAGCCAGAACUGGGCUUUGCACACCGGCUGAGCCCCAACACCUUUCAGCACACCGAUGGCCACUGUCGCCCCAGCACCAUCUGUCAACCUCAGUAACUCCCCUUUUCCUCCAGCAUCUCUUUCACUGGAUUAAAAAACCAACCCCCCACCCCCGGGGAGCAGCUUUUCCUCACGUUCCUGUUGAGUGGAGCCCCGCAGGGGCCGGAUGCCCCCCCAGGGGUGCUCAGCUCCCCCCAGGAGCCUGAAAUUCAAUAUAUUCCCAGCCAGGUGAGCAGAGACGGUGGCGAGUCCCGACAGGCUGGUCCACGCACGCAGCCGUGUACAAGGGGAAACUGAGGCAGGGGACCCCCGGCCCCCCCCAGCUCCCCCCAUUCCGCCCGAACAGAAACCUGAAGAAACCUGAGCCGGGAACAGAAACCCAAGUGGGGUUUUUUUGUUGUUGUUUUUUUGCUCUUUUUCAUUAAAUCACGUUAUUAUUAAGUAGAAGGCGGGUGCAUUCCUGGAACGAAAGGGUUAAUGUCACCCUCGGAUUCCUUAACCCCCUUUUCUAGCCCCGGGGGGGGGGGGGGGGGGGGGACAGGAGCCAGAUGCCCCCCCUGACCUCCCCCCUGCUUCUGCUUUCUCCGGCUGUUGGCCCAAAAUGAGUCACCCGGGGAUUUUUUUUCUUUUUUUUUUUUUUUUGGGGCUCUUUCACAAGUUGGCCAAGGAGGUUGGGGGGGGGGGGGGGGGGGGGGGGCGGGAUUCUCAGGGGGCUGCUAUAAGAUUGAGCACCUCCGGGUGUUCAGCAGCCCCCGCUCCCGCCCCAACCACCCCCCACUUAGCGUGGCUUCUGUCCCGUGGGGCUGGGACGCUCAAACUGGGGACAAGGGACAAAGGACCUGGGAAGUGAGUGGUACCCAGCGCCCGAGCGACGCUGGGGGGCUCCGUCCCCUUCGCAGGAUGGUGCUGAGCAAAGCCACCCACGGAGGGGGAACAGGACCACGGCCCCACCAGCAUCCCGGCCACUGGGACCGGCCGUGUCCCCACACCCCCCGGGGGGGGGGGGGGGGCGGGUGACACCGCCAGUCCCGUGGAGGGGGGCGGGGGGGGGGGGGGGGCUCAGGUUGGAAAGUCCGGCACAGUCAUUCAGCGCGGUGCUGGGCCGGCGCUGGGUGAGAACCCCCCAAAAAGCCCGGCCGUUCCGGUAACGAAAGAGUCAAUGGCACACGCAAACACACACUCACCCUCACGCACACGCACACGCCACUUCCCUGAGUGGGGGAUGACUCAUCCCCCAGCCCGUCAUCCCCCGGUACCGUAACACCAGCAAACCACAGAGCUCUUCCUCCGGCCGCGCCGAUGAGCCGCCCGGCCGUCGCCUCCUGAGCCCGGGCCCCUCCUAAAAUCAAAAACAACGACUCUCCCCCCAUGGAGGACAACCAAGCGCAGCGACGGGACCCCCCCGAGCCCCCCGCCGCCAAACCGGCAGCUCCUUCUCACCGCCGUGUCCCGCAGGAGGCUGCGGGCCCCGACGAUGGCCCCGAGCAGGAGAAGCCGGUGGAAGAAGCAACGACCGGUGGUGAGAAAGAGGAGGAGGAAGCCUUCCUCGUCAGCCUCUACAAGUUCAUGAAGGAGCGACGCACGCCCAUCGAGAGGAUCCCCCACCUCGGCUUCAAGCAGAUUAACCUCUGGAAGAUCUACAAAGCUGUGGAGAAGCUGGGAGCCUACGAGCUGGUAAGCGACGGGGUGUCGUCCCCCCCGGGGAGCUGGGAUGGGCCCCCCCCACGGGGGGGCAACCAGGCUGUCAACUCAUCCCUCCCGCCGCAGGUAACGGGGCGCCGGCUCUGGAAAAACGUCUACGAUGAACUGGGGGGCAGCCCCGGCAGCACCAGCGCGGCCACUUGCACCCGGCGUCACUACGAGAGGCUGGUCCUCCCGUACGUGCGGCAUCUCAAGGGGGAGGACGACAAGCCUCUGCCCCCCAGCAAGCCCCGCAAGCAGUACAAGGUCUCCAAGGGCACCGAGACGGGCGAGAAGAACAACAAGAGGGCCAAGAAGGAGAAGGGCCGCGAGCAGAUGCCGCCAGACAAGGCGAAGCCGGAGGCGGCGAGGGAUGCGCCGGAGCGGGGCCGAGCGGCGGAGGGCUGCUCCAGCCCGGCAGUGCCGACCCCCAGCCCCUCGGGGGGGUGUCCCGGCCCCUGCAGACCCCACAGCGAAACCUAUAAACGCCUUUUCUCCAGCUUCUACUCCAAAGGCAACCACCCCAUCAUGUCUCCGCUGGCCAAGAAGAAGCUGCUGGCCCAGGUGAGCAAGGCCGAGUCCUUGCACUGCCACAAACGCCACUGCCCCGAGGGCCGGUGGGCGGCGAGCGACGCCGGGCCCGACCCCAACCCCGAGCCCCCCCGGCCGGUCACCGGCCCCCACCUCGAUGAGCAGAGGAGCCCGGAACCGGCGGGAGCUCAGGAUGCGGCUCCGAGCGGCGGGAGCGAGGUGGGACCCCUCCCCAGCGCAUCCCCCCUCGACGGGAGAGACGACCAGCCCUGCGCCCGGGGCGAGGACGGGGGGCCGGCGCCCGCCGUCUUCACCGGCUGCUUCCACGCCUACCGCAACGAGGUGCUGAAGCCCGUCAGCUGCCACCCGCUCUGGGGUUAUUUCUCCAGCUUGAAGGAUUUUUUGGAGCCCUCUUCCCCCUUCCCGGGGCGGCCCGAGGAGCAGGAGCAGCCCCAAGACCUGCGGAGCAAAGCGGGGCGAGGGUGGAGCGGGGAGAGCCGGCGAGCGGGCGCCUGCGCCGCGGUUCAAGCCUGCUGGGUGCCCCCCGGCGCCGGCUUCGCCCCCGCCGCGCCCCGGGGUAAGCGCAGCCGGGAGGAGGAGACGGCUUUCGGCCCCGGCCCGAAGUUACGUGCCAUCUCCCCCUUCAUCAAGGAGGCGGAUGGCAGGGACACGGGCGCCGGCUCGCCCAGGGGCCAGCAAGGGCUUGCCAAACCCAAGGCUGUGGUGGCCGGCCCCGGCUACUCCACGCCGCUGCCGCAAGCCCCGGACGUUUACAAGGGAGCGACGGUGCGUUUCCCGGUGAGCUUCGGCAACCCGCUGGAGCAGCUCAAACCCCAAGGGGUGGCGGUGGCACCGUCCCUUUCCGUCAACCCCUUCGUCGUCCCCGCGUUCCCCAGCCCUUUGGUAGCCGCUUCCACGCAGCCCACCGAGCCGUGCCGGCCGCUGGCGACCGGCCCCGGGCAUUACCCGGUUUCCUACGAGAGCUCACUGCGGCACCGGCUCUACCCGGCGGCGACGUGGCACAGCCAACCCACCUACUCCUCCCCGCCCGCGCCGGCUUUUCACCGCCACGCCAAGCUGUAGCGGUUCCAUCCCCGCUCCGGAUCGGCCUCGAUUCCUUGCGGAGAAGGGAAGGCUGGUGGGGCGCCGCGGCGGGUGAGAAGCGGGCGGCGAGGCGCGGCGCCGGAGCUGGUUCCCGCUUCCGAGCCUGCAGCAAAGAGGAGGACAAGGUGGACUGUGUCAUUUUUACUCACGAUCUUAGAGCUGUUUGUACCCGACAUCGUUACGCCGGUGACUUUAACUACCAGUAUCACAAGGUUAUAUAUAUAUUAUAUAUAUAUAUAGACAUACACACAUAAAAAGGGAGGAAAAUGAGUUGCGGAGGUUUCUGUGUCGCUGGAGAGGCCGUGCCCCGGCGCGGUUGCGCGUGAUGUGGCGAGCGAUGGUUAAUCCCAUCCCGCCGUGCCCGGGCUGCUCAGCGACUCCCUGGUCCAGAGCCCCGGCUGGCUCACCCCCCACGAUGCAAUUUUAGUUUUUAAUUACGUUGCCUCCACCCCGGGCUCCAGCGGUUUGGGUUUUGUUUGGUAUUUUUUUUUUUUUCCUUUUUUUUUUUUUUUUUUUUUUAAUAGGGGUUUGGGACUGCGGCGAGGGUGUCUGUCCGCAAAGCGCUCGGGCCGCUCGGCACCCCGAAGAGCCACAGCGGCAGCGCCCGAAAUAAAACCGGCUGGAUGGUCCCGA